UCCGUGUGGGACUCUGCGCAAAGUCAACGCAAGGACGGGAUUGUAGAAGAAACGUGAGAAGUUAAUGCCUGUACUAGCCUAUUGGGGAGAAGCAUAAAGAAGAGAGCAAUGUCGUUUCUGACGCAAAGUGCCUUGAAGACAUCGUUGGCGUGCUCCAACACGCUGUGGCAGCCAUGUGGGCGGGCGGUGCGAAUGCUGCCCCCCUCCCACUACCGUGCGAACAGUUCCUGGUGGGGACAAGUUGAGAUGGGCCCUCCUGAUGCCAUCCUGGGGGUCACCGAGGCCUUCAAGAAGGACAGCAACCCCAACAAGAUGAACCUGGGGGUGGGGGCAUAUAGGGAUGACAGUGGCAAACCCUUUGUACUACAGUGUGUCCGAAAGGCAGAACAGCUGAUUGCCGACGCUGCCCUGGAUAAGGAGUACUCACCUAUAGUUGGCAAUGCUGAGUUCUGUAAGGCCUCAGCAAAGUUGGCAUUUGGGGACAACAGCAGUGUCAUCAACGAAGGCCUGAUCAGUACUGUCCAGGCCCUGUCUGGGACUGGUGCACUGAGAGUUGGGGCUGCUUUCCUGGACAAGUUCCAUGGCAGUAAGGAGGUGUACUUACCUAAACCAUCAUGGGGAAACCACACUCCAAUUUUCAAACAUGCUGGAAUGAAUGUGAAUGCUUACCGGUACUAUGAUACACAGACAUAUGGACUGGAUGAAGCUGGCUGUUUUGAAGACAUCAGUAAUAUCCCCGAGGGGUCAGUCAUCGUGCUGCAUGCCUGUGCCCACAACCCUACUGGUGUGGACCCCAAGCCAGAGCAGUGGAAAGAGAUGUCCAAAAUUAUAAAGGAGAGGAAACUGCUGCCAUUUAUUGACAUGGCCUACCAAGGGUUUGCCAGUGGUGACGUGGAUAGGGACAGUUUUGCAGUCAGGCAUUUUGUGGAGGAAGGUCACAAUCUUGUGCUGUCACAGUCUUACUCCAAAAACAUGGGCUUGUAUGGUGAACGUGUGGGGGCGCUGACAUUUGUGUGCAGCACUCCAGACGAGGCCAAGCGAGUGGAGUCCCAGGUGAAGAUUGUGAUCCGCCCCAUGUACUCCAACCCUCCUAUCAACGGUGCCAGGCUAGCAGCCACCAUCCUCACCAACGCGGAAUUACGCCAACAAUGGCUGGUGGAAGUGAAGGAGAUGGCAGACCGCAUCAUCACUAUGCGGGAACAGCUGGUGGCAAACCUGAGGAAGGAGGGCUCCACCCACAACUGGCAACACAUCACUGACCAGAUUGGCAUGUUCUGUUUCACUGGACUCAAACAACAACAAGUGGAAAAGCUGACAAAAGACUUCUCUGUCUUCCUGACUAAAGAUGGCCGAAUCUCUAUUGCUGGUGUGUCCUCCAAGAAUGUAGCUUAUCUUGGACAUGCUAUCCAUGAGGUGACUAAGUGAAGACAGCGGUCCUUCUCACCCAAAAAUAUUUGCGACCUGAUGCAAUAAAAUUACACCCCGAAUUGGUGAAAGUAAUUUCUUGUAUAGAAGCGGGUUAACUGGUGACUUCUUAAAAUUGUUUGGUUGUAAACAGUUAGAAUUAGGAAAGUACGCUUAAAAAGUUGUUUUAAAUGGAAACAUGAAGCAUCAUUUUGAUCUGGAGAAUGUUUCCAGUAUCUGCACCAAACCUUGGACAUUUGCCUUUGCACUAAAGGCAAAAUGAAAGUGGGGACAUUUUUAUGGUGAUUUUCAUGAGUUACAAAAGAAUGCAGAAAGACUCAGAAUUGAUUUUGUGACUCAAUGGCAUGGUAAUUAAAGACAUACAUACAUGUAGUAAAUAUCAGUGGUUAAAACAAAUGGUUUAAGAACUUGGUAGUCAGCUAUGGAAUGAAUCGGUAGCUUUGCAGACUAGCAUCUUUUGUAAUGUAAGGAGUACAGUCAAACCUGUAUUAGGGGCCACCUCUACAGAGGGGCCACCUGUCCAUAGUGGCCACUUUUUGUCGGUCCCUUGGGUAUUUUAUCUACAAGUUGCCACCUCUAUACAGAGGCCACCUGUUUAUAGUGGCCAAAUUUGUCCGGUCCCUUGAGUGGCCGCUAUAGACAGGUUUGACUGUACAUGCAAGUCUUCAAAAUAGACUGUGGCUUCUAAAUCUUACCACAUGCCAUACCUUAAUGAUCCUGAAAGGAUGUUCACAAAUCAGGUAUCACUCGACAGUAUCAAAAGUAAAUAACAUUACGUUUAUUGCAUUUUUGGCUGCCUAAACACAUUGUUUUAGACUAUUUAAGUGAUGUGUAAUUUAAGCGAUGUGUAAGCCUUAAUCUACUGAAUGACAUCCUGCCAGGGCCACAUUGACUAAAUUUAAGGAUGACAUCCUCUGGAGAUCCCAAAAACUAAUGGGCAAAGGCGGAAAAAAUGAAAAAUCCUGCAAAAAAAAAUGUCGCCCAAAAAAACACAGGACAGAACAUUCAGUCCAUUCUCCCCAGGCUUGGUUUGUCUAAUGUCUGCCUCCAGUCUGUCUGUAAGACUAAGAGACCAUUUUUGCCAUUUCAAUCAUGUUUCUAGUGCCAUUCUAGUUUAAAGAGGGCACUGAGGCUCAGACUAUAUACCCCCUUACCCAGGGGAGCAGAUCUUCUGGCAAGCAUAACAUUCAGAUUGACCAGGAAUGCUAUUAGGUGACUUGAGGCCACUGUUUUUUUUUGUUUUUUAGAACAGGUGAAAAUCAAUGCGCACCUGGAUGUCAUCCAUAAAAUUAAGUCGGUGUGGCCUAAGGUCAAUCCCUCUGGUCCUCUGUCAUAGUUCAGUAUAAAGACUAAUCUGGUCAGACACAGCUGUUGUUCAGAAAUCGCCUACUACAACUUUCCGACUUCUAUGUCAGUUUAACAAGCAAGAAAAGCAUGUACAAUGCAGCAGAAAAAUGUCAGAACUGUUUUCUUUCUUGUCCUGCCACUGCUUGCAGUUGUUAUGACAAUAAUGAAGUCAACUCUCAAAUUUCAGGUCAUUCAUAAAACCUUCAAAAACCUUACACAUGAUUGUAGUAGGUCCAAUGUGUCUGUUUCAGAUUAGUAAUUGUCGCUAGUCUAUAAUGUUCAAACUGGAAGUUUUCGUCAACGGUUCAUUUGUCCAUAGAAGGCUGUAGUGACGGCCAAGUUGACUGCUCACAACAAGAUUGGGUUGAUGCUAAUGUAUGAUGCCAACAUAGAUGAUAUUUGUGGAAAUGAUGUGUUUAAUGCCGCCACUAUCAAGAAACAAUACAGAAUAUUUUGCCCUCA